AUGGAGGCAAAUCCAACGUCAGCAGAAACAAAUAAUUUGAGAGAAUUUAAAUCUAUUGGCAUAACAAGGCUUUCAUUAGGUGUUCAAUCAUUAAAUGAUAAUGAUUUAUUAAAAUUAGGUAGAGAUCACAAUUCAAAAGAUGCAAUUAAAAGUUUAGAAAUAGCAAAAAAGAUAUUUAAAAAUAAUGUUAGCUUCGAUUUGAUAUUUGGAAGAAAUAAUCAAAAUGUUAGCAACUGGAUUAAAGAAUUAAAGUUAGCUUUAGAAUUGGCAGAUAAUCAUCUUUCCAUCUAUGAACUUACCAUAAAACCAGGAACCCCAAUUUAUAAAGAAUAUAAAUUAGGCAAAUUAAAAAUACCAUCAUCAGAUAAGAUUACUGAUAUGUAUGAAUCUACAAUUCAGAUUGCAAAAGAAUUUGGAUUUAAACAAUAUGAAGUUUCAAACUUUUAUAAAAAUUCAAAAUAUAGUAGACAUAAUUUUGGAUAUUGGAAUGGUUUGGAUUAUCUUGGAAUUGGACCUGGAGCUCAUGGUAGAUUAUAUGAUAUGAAAAAUAAUAAAAGAUUAAGAACUUUUAGAAUUUUAUAUCCUGAAGAUUGGAUGAGACAGUGUGAAGAUUUAGGACAUGGAAUGAGAAAAUCAGUCGAGAUGGAUUUAAAAACUAUCAAAGAAGUAGAAAAUAAAAAUAAUAAAAUGUCGAAAUUUCUUUAUAAAGAUUUAUCAAACCCAAACCAAAAUUUAAAAUCCAAUAAAAAUGAUGAUAUCGCCACUAAUGAAUAUGAUAUUUAUUGUCCAAACAUUGAUAACUGUGCCAGUUUAAUUUUAAAAACAAAUUCAGCGACUUGGGUUGAACGUUCUAAUGAUUUACUAAAAACACCAAAUCAACAACAAUCAGAUAAAUCUUUUUUAAAAAAUAUAUCAUCAUCUUCUAUUAGUGAUGAUAAUAAUACACAAGGAUCUUAUUGGAAAGUGUCAGAUAUGUUUUCAUUUGAAAAUAUUGGAUUUUCUAAAACAUUAAAUGAAACUGGUGUAAAAUAUUUAUGUUGUGCAGAUUGUGAUUUAGGUCCAUUAGGUUAUCAUGAUACUACUAAUAAUGAUACAAAAGAAUAUUUAAUAGCAGUUGAUAGAAUAAUAUACUAUGGAAGGGUGCCUAAAACAAGAAAGUUGUUUAAAACUUUACAUCUUGAAAAUAGUCUUUAUUAUAUAAAAACAUAG